CGACGGCUCGAAAAAGAAGAAAAAGGUCAAAGAAAAGGAAAUUAAAAGAGGGGAGUUCAUCGUGUUUAUUUUUUAUUUUUUCCCCUUUUGGCUUAUGGGUUUGGUUGUUUGAUUGUUUCUCUGUAGAUUUUAUCGUUCGAUCUUCUGAUAUCACUUGGUUGAUCAGUGAAUGCUGGUUUUUAAUGCAGGGCCACCAUGCCAAUGCUCAUUGCUUGAGCCACUUGGACGGGUUGUGAAGUAGGAGUGAGCUCCGAAUAUUAGUUGUUAUGGUUGGUUGUGAGUUAUGGCCGGCAGUACGAGAUUUGAGUUGACUUCAGGUAGUCCGGAGGGAUCGGCCUUUGCUGGCACCUAUCCAAAUGGACAACGGGGCAACUAUUCCGCUGCCAAUUUGGAUAGGUCGAGGAGCUUCCGUGAGGGAAUAGAGAACCGGAUGCUAAGUUCUGGCCCGGGGUCGUCCAGAGGGAGUAAUACCUUGUCAGCAAACAUGCCUCCCUUGAUGUUGGAGCCAAUUGCGCUCAGCGAUCAGAAAUUUACUCGUGCAGGAGAGCUAAGGAGGGCUCUGGGUGUUAAUAUUGGAAACACCUCUGAGGACCAUUCUGUUGGAGCUGCCCACUCCAAGGCUGCUCCUCCAGUAGCAAUAGAGGAACUAAAACGUGUCAGAGUAUCUAUUUUUGAUGCCUGUACUAAGGCAAGGGAGAGAGUGAAAACUUUGAAUGAGUCCAUUAUAAAAUUGGACAAGUAUUGUGAAGCCCUUGACUCAAGGAAGAAACAACGGAGUGAACUCUUAUCAAGCGAACGGUCAGGUGGGACAAAUUUGUUGAAGAUGGGGGGUCAGAUUCAUCAAAACCGUCCCAGUCUUGUAACUCAAAGGCUGGAGGAGAGGACUAAGAAUGCUGUUCCGAAUAGGAGAGUUCGUACAUCAGUUGCAGUUGCGGAAGUACGGGGAGAAGGUCGAAAUUCUAAUCUUACAAGGCAACCUGGGCCAAUUGAAAAGGAAAGGGAUGUGCUCAAGGCUGGUAAUGGGGGUUCUGUUCUGGUUGAAGAAAAGAUCCGUGGACUUCCUGCUGGGGGGGAAGGGUGGGACAAAAAAAUGAAGAGGAAACGCUCUGUUGGUGCAGUUGUUACUAGAGGUAUGGAUGGUGAUAGAGAGGUAAAACGAGCAAUGCAUCAGAAGCUUAAUAAUGAUCCUAGGUCUCGAUCUUGUGAUGCCCAUGGUUUCAGAUCCGGACCUUCAAAUGGAAUUGCUGGAAUUAAUAAAUUGGACGGUGCCUCACAGCCUACCACUCCCAAUACCCGCGUAAUAUCCCGAAACGAACCGGAAAGUGUUUCUCACCCCCGGGAUCGUGCAGCUGGGCUGGAGAAGGAGAGAGUUGUAGCAAAAGCAAACAAUAAGAUAACUAUUCGCGAGGACAGUCAGUCAGGCAGUCCUAGUGCAGUGACAAAAGGAAAGGUUUCAAGGGCACCAAGAACUGGUUCUAGUUCUGGUGUGGCAACAACCUCAUCUCCUAACUUCCCUCGCUCAUCUGGAGUUCUUGAUGCUUGGGAGCAGCCAUCAAGCAUAAACAAAGCCCAGUCUGUGGGUGGAACAAACAACCGCAAGCGUCCUUUGCCUACAGGAUCAUCUUCUCCACCUAUGGCUCAAUGGGCUGGUCAGAGGCCACCAAAAAACUCACGUACAAGGAGAGCAAAUCUAGUACCUCCUGUUUCAAACACUGAUGAAACUCAGAUAUCAUCAGAAGGCUUUCCACCACCUGAUAUUGGUGGUAGAUUAAAUUCUAAUGAGUCCAAUGGAUCACUACUUGCUAGGGGUCCAUCUAAUAGCACACAACAAUUUAAAAUGAAGCUUGAAAGUGCUCCAUCUCCUGCUAGAUUAUCUGAAAGUGAGGAAUCAGGAGCUGGUGAAAACAAAUUUAAUGAGAAAGGGAUGGAUAAUGCCGAGUUUGAGGACAGAGGCAUAAAUGCAGCUCAGAAAGUUGAAUCCUUUUCAUUGCCUACAAAGAAGAAUAAAAUAUUUAUGAAGGAAGAAAUUGGGGAUGGAGUGCGAAGACAAGGAAGGAGUGGAAGGAGUUCAUCAUUGUCCAGAGUGUGUGUCCCUCCAGUGAGGGAAAAAUCAGAGAACACAGCCACAACAAAGCCACUUCGAAGCACGAGGCCGGGUUGUGAUAAAAAUGAAAGUAGGUCAGGGCGCCCCCCCUUGAAAAAGUUGUCAGAACGCAAAGCUUUUGCUCGGCCUGGGCAUGUGCUUAACAGUGGUUCCUCGGAUUUCAUGGGUGGUGAAUCAGAUGAUGAUCAUGAAGAACUACUAACAGUUGCUAAUUCUGCUCAUAGUGCCAGCUAUCAUGCCUGUACUGGUUCAUUCUGGAAGAAAAUGGAAUCAAUUUUUGCUUCAGUCAGUUCAGAGGAUGCAGUCUUCUUGAAGAAGCAGCUAAAUUUUGCUAAGGAGCUUGAUGAAAGUCUGCGUCACAUGUUUGGUGCCGACUUUAAUGUUCUGGGUGAACUUAGCAAAGAAGCUUCAUUGUCUCAACCUCUUGCUUUUGGCGAGAUGCAAGGAAGUCAACCGAAUGGAAUUGGAUCAAAUGAAUCUGAUAAGGCUGCAGGUUUGGUAGAUCAAUCACAGGGCGUUGGUAUGUUAUGUGGAAGAAUAAAUGUAGAAGGAAGGUUUGAUAAAGUUACUCCGUUGUACCAACGAGUUCUCUCUGCCUUGAUUGGAGAAGAUGUGGCUGAAGAAUUUGAUCACAACAGUGAAAGGAGAAAUGUUUCUUUUCAAUACGCAAAUGAAGAUUCUCCUCCUGGUACAUGUAACCGUGUUGACAUUGAAUCAAAAGAUAGUGGGAGAAUGGAAUCCGACAUUGAGUCGGAAUUCGAUACUAGGACUCAGAAACACUCGUUUGACUUCUACUCAUGUAAUGGUAGUACUGCUUCUAACAGUUUUAGGUGCUCAAGCAUUUGUAAACCUUCAUAUAAUGACGAGUUGUGGCAAGCAGAUGAUGGUUUAGUGCAUUCAGAGGCUGGAGUUGUGGAAGGGUCCCAAGAUGUCCAAACAAAUGUUUCUGGUAUUUCUUCCAUUGAUUGCGAAUAUCAACAGAUGAGUUUGGAUGACAAACUUUUGCUGGAGCUGCAGAGCAUUGGCCUGUAUCCUGAAACGGUGCCUGAUCUAGCAGAGGGAGAAGAGGAGGAGAUCAACAAGGACAUUGUGGAACUCAAGAAGGGGCUUUACCAACAGGUGGGAAAAAAGAAAGAUUACUUAUUCGAAAUGGAUAAAGCUGUUCAAAAUGGAAGGGAGAUUGAAGUGCGGGAUCUUGAGCAGGUUGCCAUGAAUAAGCUUGUGGAGAUGGCAUACAAGAAGCAAAUGGCUUGCCGGGGAAGUCAUGCUUCAAAGAGUGGGGUCAACAAGGUUUCAAGGCAAGUUGCUAUGGCCUUUGUGAAGCGAACUCUUGCAAGGUGUCAAAAGUUUGAGGACACUGGAAUAAGUUGCUUUAGUGAGCCUGCAUUGCGGGAUGCCCUUUUCUCCAGCAAUGUUGCUAAAACUGUUGACUCUGUCGAUGGGGCUGCCACAAAUAUGUAUGCAGCGGGUAAUAGCUUUCAACCUGAGGCCAGGGCAUCGGCCGCAGGUGCCUUUUCCAGUACGGUUGAGAGAAAUGGUCCUCACAGUGAUAAGCUUGAGAGGGGUUCAUCAGGCACAUUUCAAGUUCAUGCUCAUUCAUCCGAUCCAACUUUUGCCAAACAUGAACCUAUAUUAAACAGAGGGAAGAAGAGGGAAGUGCUGCUUGAUGAUGUUGUUGGCAGUGCUGCCUCAAGAGUCGCAUCAGCUCUUGGAAAUACACUCUUGGGUGGAGCAAAAGGAAAGAGAAGUGAGAGAGAGAGGGAUCAGAACAAGGAUACUUUAUCAAGAAAUUCUUCAGCCAAAGGUGGCCGUCCAUCAUUGGGCAAUUUUAGGGGUGUACGCAAAACAAAAACAAAACCCAAGCAAAAGACAGCUCAAUUAUCAACUUCAGGAAAUGGACUUCUUGGAAGGCUUGCAGAAACAAAUCAUCCUGUGUACCCAUCUGGGGGUGGUUCCAGUGAAACAGUGACUCGUGGCAGCAUUAAAGUAUGUGGAGAAAUGGGGUUGGUGUCCCCUGGUAACGCUCGGUCUAAGGAGACUGAGGAACCUGUUGACUUUACAAACUUGCCGCUAAAUGGAUUAGAUCCCAUAGAAGGACUAGGUGUAUCAAAUGACCUUGGUGGGAACCAAGAUCUCAGUUCGUGGUUGAACUUCGAUGAAGAUGGCUUGCAAGACCAUGAUUCAAUGGGCCUUGAGAUACCCAUGGAUGAUCUUUCAGAGUUAAAUAUGCUUAUCUGAGUACUGCCCACUGUAAAUCCUGUGCAUUAUUCAAGAGCUUAUUUAAGAGUGCUAGAGCUGCUGUUGAGAGACAACUAACUUCUUAAAUUAAGUCUUAUUAAGUUGGCAGUUGUAAUUAUGGUAGUCCAUUCUUUUGUAUACUUCUUUGAAGAAGUUGUUGACAAGAGUCUUGAAUGUUUAUGUGAAGCCCAAAGUUCUGUCCUUGUAUCAAAAUAUAACUCGUGUAAACGCCUCUUUCAUUGAUUUAAGUUUUGAAGAAGUGUUGAGCCUUUUCAA